GCUGCGCUCGAGCCCUUUCCAGCGCGUGAGUGAGUUACUGUAUUGUACUGUGAAUCUCGGGAGGGGGGCUGUUAAAAUCUAUUCUUUCUGAGCUUCAUCCCCCAUACCUAAAACAUCUUACUUCAGACUGCUCUUUACCCGGUCACAGGACGCAGAUGCCUUUUUGAUUCACGUAUUUAUUUUGUUUUUCUUUUAGUUUAUGGUUUGGUUUUUAACACUCCGGGAGGGCAGAAAUGGCGGCCAACAUGUACCGGGUCGGAGAUUAUGUCUUCUUUGAGAAUUCCUCAAGCAACCCAUAUCUGAUCAGGAGAAUAGAGGAACUAAAUAAGACGGCAAGUGGCAAUGUGGAGGCAAAGGUGGUCUGUUUCUACAGGAGAAGAGACAUCUCACAGAGCCUUAUUCAGCUGGCUGAUAAACAUGCAAAGGACCUGGAAGAAGAGAAGGAAAGUCCCUCCGAGCCCGAUCUUUCGGAGAAACAGAAGCAUCAGCUCCGGCACAGAGAGCUUUUCCUUUCUCGCCAGUACGAGUCCCUCCCUGCCACACACAUUAGGGGGAAGUGCAGUGUGGCGCUUUUGAACGAGACUGAAGUUGUUCUCUCCUAUCUGGAUAAAGAGGACACAUUUUUUUAUUCACUGGUGUAUGAUCCUACACAAAAGACAUUAUUGGCUGACAAAGGGGAGAUUCGUGUUGGUCCACGCUUUCAGGCUGACGUCCCUGAAAUGUUACAGGAAGGAGAAACUGAUGACAGAGACCAAUCUAAACUGGAAGUCAAGAUGUGGGACCCAGAGUGUCCACUGACCAACAAGCAAAUCGACCAGUUUCUUGUGGUGGCACGGGCGGUCGGUACCUUUGCCCGAGCGUUGGACUGCAGCAGCUCUGUCAGACAGCCCAGCUUACACAUGAGCGCAGCGGCAGCCUCACGAGACAUCACGCUGUUUCACGCCAUGGACACCCUGCAUCGGCAUGGCUACGACCUGUCCAGUGCCCUGAGUGUGCUAGUUCCUCAAGGAGGACCAGUGCUGUGCCGGGACGAGAUGGAGGAGUGGAGCUCAUCAGAGGCUAACCUGUUCGAGGAGGCGCUGGAGAAAUACGGCAAGGACUUCAACGAUAUCCGGCAAGACUUUCUUCCUUGGAAGUCCCUGACCAGCAUCAUCGAGUAUUACUACAUGUGGAAAACCACAGACAGAUACGUUCAGCAGAAACGAUUGAAAGCGGCUGAAGCAGAAAGCAAACUGAAGCAAGUCUACAUCCCCACAUACAACAAACCCAACCCUAACCAGAUCUCUGUAAGCAACGGCAAGAUGGCAACUGUUAACGGCGCAGCGGGCACAGGCAGUUUCCACACAGCCGGAGGCGGGCGAGCAUGCGAGAGCUGUUUUGCUGUACAAUCUCCCCAGUGGUACUCUUGGGGUCCUCCUAACAUGCAGUGUCGCCUCUGCGUGUCCUGUUGGAUGUACUGGAAAAAGUACGGUGGCCUUAAGAUGCCAAGCAGAGCCGAAGGAGCAGAAGAAAAGACGCCUCCAAGCCCCGAACCCAACGAGUCACGCUCUCGUGGUCACGGUCCCCGGCAGUCGUCCCACAUGGUUCCGAUAAGGAACAGCGGUAGCCCCAAGUCCUCCAUGAAGACCAAGCAGGCGUUCCUGCUGCAGGCCACGCGCCUCACCAAACUGGCGCGUCACAUGUGCCGUGACCUCAUCAGGCUGCGCCGGGCCGCGCGCCGCCCAUUUGUGCCCAUUAACUGUGGCGCCAUAAAGGCGGAGUAUAUGAUCCGGGUGUCAGAAGGCAUGACGGGGCGACCUAUGAAGCCCAAAUCCUCCCCGAGGAGCACCCUGACCAGUAUCCUGCAGUAUCUGGAGUCUCGUCCAGCUCCUCACGUUCAGCGGUCACACCGCACCCCUGGCCUGCAGGUGCAGCCUCCGCGGCGACUGCUUUCCUCUCUUCCCAGUCACGGCCCACUCGGCAUCUUGGGAAAACGGAGCUAUCAUCACCACAGCAGGGUCGAGUCCGCAGAAAAGAGGGCUGGUGCACCAGGACAAGAAAACCCAGCUCAUAUCGUGGGACCCAUUUUGCAACAUAAUGGAAGCAGCACUGAGGGCUCAAACCUUCGUGCAAGUGGCCUGAUGUUGCGCAAAAGACGACCCAAUUGGAUCGAUGCCCCGGACGACAGCUUCUUCCUGGUUUCCAGAGAGACGAGGAAAGCCAGAAGGAUGCUCUCUCGUUCACAGUUAAGAAGAGCAUGCAGACAACCAUGUGAGCAGAUCAGCCUGCGCCGGGUCCCCCAGGGGCCGGCACAGGUACCAGUACUGGCACCUCCCCACCCCAGUUUACGGAUGCGAGGGCCGAUCGUCAUCCACGACUGACCCUCGCCUGCGUCGCUCCCUCAGCCUCUUCUGUCAAUUUCUCAUUUGCUGCCUAACUCUGCACCGCACAGGCCACAAGCCACUAAAAAGCUUCUCGUUUCUUGAACAUUUGCUUCCUCUACUGGACAAAAAGCUUUAAGGCACACAAUAAAUAAAGCAUUUAGCCACUAAAACAACCCUGUAUGUUCAACACACUUUUGGACCGUCCUGCUGGUACAAGCGCCAACACUUUUACCUGGCAGGGAGGUAUAGCAUCAGCUUUGAACAAUGUAGGUC